AUGGCGGCAAACGGGAAUAACCGCCCUAUGGAGUCACGGACUGGGAGGAAUAAUCAGAGAUACAACACGGAAGGCGAGCGCUUGGUUGCCGGCAUGGUGCCUCUGACGCAGGACAAGACGUACGUGAUGUUGAUCCAGUCGGGGCGGCGGAAGGGCUGGGUGCUGCCCAAGGGCGGCUGGAGACGGACGAGGAGUGCCACGAGGCCGCGUGCGCGCGAGGCCUGCGAGGAGCCCGGCAUCUUCGUACAAAUUGAUUACGACUUGGGCGACAUCCGCGAGACGGUCCCGCGCAAGAAGGCUUCGUUAUUGUCCUCCUCUUCGUCCUCCAAAGGUUCCAGCAAGGAUUCGUCCAAGGAGGGUAAGGACUCCAAGGAGAAGCCCCGCACGCUCUAUCGAUUUUACGAAGCCACCGUCACUAGCGAGGAAGCCGAUUGGCCCGAGCGGGAGAAGCGCACACGCCAGUGGUUUACUUUCGCCGAGGCCAGCGAGCUGCUCAAGGACCGGCCGGAGCUGCAUACCGCGCUGGAGCGCUCGACCAUGAAGAGGUAG